UAGGGCGUGGCGUAGGGCCGCGGCUCGGGUGCGGUAGCAGCUGGCGGGCGAGGUCCAGGCGGCUCUCUGCGGCUCGGCUAGAAGCUCCUGGCGCGCCGCGCCCUCGGUGCCGGGCCGCGGAGCCGGGGAUGCUCGCGGCGCCCAAGAGUCAUGGUCCGCUUCGGGGACGAGCUGAGUGGCCGCUAUGGGGGCACCGGCGGCGGGGAGCGGGCUCGAGGCGGCGGGGCCGGCGGGGCGGGUGGCCCGGGCCAGGGGGGUCUGCCGCCGGGCCAGCGGGUCCUGUACAAGCAGUCCAUCGCGCAGCGCGCACGGACCAUGGCCCUGUACAACCCCAUCCCAGUCAAGCAGAACUGCUUCACCGUCAACCGCUCGCUCUUCAUCUUCAGCGAGGACAACGUCGUCCGCAAAUACGCUAAGCGCAUCACCGAGUGGCCGCCCUUCGAAUACAUGAUCCUAGCCACCAUCAUCGCCAACUGCAUUGUUCUGGCCCUGGAACAGCACCUCCCUGAUGGGGACAAGACUCCCAUGUCUGAGCGCCUGGAUGACACGGAGCCUUAUUUCAUCGGGAUCUUUUGCUUCGAGGCGGGGAUCAAGAUCAUCGCACUGGGCUUCGUUUUCCACAAGGGCUCCUACCUUCGAAAUGGCUGGAAUGUCAUGGACUUCGUGGUGGUUCUCACGGGGAUUCUUGCCACAGCUGGAACUGACUUUGAUCUCCGGACCCUGAGGGCUGUCCGUGUUCUAAGACCCCUGAAGCUGGUGUCUGGAAUUCCAAGUUUGCAGGUGGUGCUCAAGUCAAUCAUGAAGGCCAUGGUUCCGCUGCUGCAAAUUGGGCUGUUGCUCUUUUUUGCCAUCCUCAUGUUUGCCAUCAUCGGUCUAGAGUUCUAUAUGGGCAAAUUCCAUAAGGCCUGCUUCCCCAACAGCACAGAUGCAGAGCCGGGUGACUUUCCCUGUGGCAAGGAGGCCCCAGCUCGCCUGUGUGAGGGUGACACUGAAUGCCGGGAAUAUUGGCCAGGACCCAACUUUGGCAUCACCAAUUUUGACAACAUCCUGUUUGCCAUCUUGACAGUGUUCCAGUGUAUCACCAUGGAGGGCUGGACUGACAUCCUCUACAAUACAAAUGAUGCAGCUGGCAACACCUGGAACUGGCUGUACUUCAUCCCUCUCAUCAUCAUUGGCUCCUUCUUUAUGCUCAACCUAGUGCUGGGUGUGCUCUCAGGAGAGUUUGCCAAGGAGCGGGAGCGAGUAGAGAACCGUCGUGCCUUCCUGAAGCUCCGUAGGCAGCAGCAGAUUGAGCGAGAGCUGAAUGGGUACUUGGAGUGGAUCUUCAAGGCGGAGGAAGUCAUGUUGGCGGAGGAGGACAAGAAUGCAGAAGAGAAGUCCCCUUUGGAUGCAGUGUUGAAGAGAGCUGCCACGAAGAAGAGCCGAAAUGACCUGAUCCAUGCAGAGGAGGGGGAGGACCGGUUUGUAGAUCUCUGUGCUGUUGGGUCUCCAUUUGCUCGUGCCAGCCUCAAGAGUGGAAAGACGGAGAGCUCAUCAUACUUCCGGAGGAAGGAGAAGAUGUUCCGGUUCUUCAUCAGGCGUAUGGUGAAAGCACAGAGCUUCUACUGGGUGGUCCUGUGCGUGGUGGCCCUGAAUACACUGUGCGUGGCCAUGGUGCACUAUAAUCAGCCCCAGCGGCUUACCACUGCACUGUAUUUUGCAGAGUUUGUUUUCCUGGGUCUCUUCCUCACGGAGAUGUCCCUGAAGAUGUAUGGCCUAGGGCCUCGAAGCUACUUUAGGUCUUCCUUCAACUGCUUUGACUUUGGGGUGAUUGUGGGGAGUAUCUUUGAAGUAGUCUGGGCUGCCAUCAAACCGGGAACCUCCUUUGGAAUCAGUGUGCUACGGGCUCUCCGACUACUGAGGAUUUUCAAAGUCACAAAGUAUUGGAACUCCCUGAGGAACCUGGUGGUAUCCCUCCUCAAUUCCAUGAAGUCCAUCAUCAGCCUCCUCUUCCUGCUUUUCCUCUUCAUUGUGGUCUUCGCUCUGUUGGGGAUGCAGCUGUUUGGGGGACAGUUCAACUUUCAAGAUGAGACCCCGACCACCAAUUUCGAUACCUUCCCUGCUGCCAUCCUCACUGUCUUUCAGAUCCUGACAGGGGAGGACUGGAAUGCAGUAAUGUAUCAUGGGAUUGAGUCACAAGGUGGAGUGAGCAAAGGCAUGUUUUCUUCCUUUUACUUCAUCGUCUUGACAUUGUUUGGAAACUACACCCUGCUGAAUGUUUUCCUAGCCAUUGCUGUGGACAAUCUUGCCAAUGCCCAGGAGUUGACCAAGGAUGAAGAGGAGAUGGAAGAAGCAGCCAAUCAGAAGCUUGCUCUCCAGAAGGCCAAAGAAGUAGCUGAAGUCAGCCCUAUGUCUGCUGCCAACAUCUCCAUCGCUGCUUUUGUAAAGCAAACUCGAGGUACUGUAUCUCGCAGCUCAUCUGUCUCCAGCGUAAACUCACCGCAGCAGAACUCGGCCAAGGCGCGCUCAGUGUGGGAGCAGCGGGCCAGUCAGCUAAGGCUUCAGAACCUGCGCGCCAGCUGUGAGGCACUGUACAGUGAGAUGGACCCUGAGGAGCGCCUGAGAUAUGCCAGCACGCGCCAUGUGAGGCCAGACAUGAAGACACACAUGGACCGGCCCUUAGUGGUGGAGCCUGGCCGGGAUGGCUUACGGGGACCUGUAGGGAACAAGUCAAAGCCCGAGGGCACGGAAGCAACUGAAAAUGCAGACCCACCACGCAGACACCACCGGCAUCGUGAUAGGGACAAGACCUCAGCCACAGCACCUGCUGGUGGUGAACAGGACAAGACAGAUUGUCCAAAGACCGAAAACACCGAGACCGGGCCCCGGGAGGAACGUCCCCGCCCGCGUCGCAGUCAUAGCAAGGAGGCUUCAGGGGCUGAAGUGCAAGUUCGCAGCGAGCGCAACAGGCGUCACCACCGGCGUGGCUCCCCUGAGGAGGAGACCACCGAACGGGAGCCCCGGCGCCACCGUGCCCACCGGCAUGCACAGGAAUCAGGCAAAGAGGGCACCGCACAGGUGCUCGCACCCAAGGGCGAGCGACGCCCACGACAUCGAGGCCCUCGCACGGGUCCCCGGGAGGCAGAGAACAGCGAGGAGCCCACACGCCGGCACCGUGCGAGGCAUAAGGGACCACCAACACUUGAGCCCUCAGAGAGGGAGGCUGCAGAGGAGAGCAACGUGGCAGAAGGGGAUAAGGAAACCCGAAACCACCAGCCCAAGGAACCUCACUGUGAUCUGGAGACCAUUGCAGUUACAGGUGUGGGUCCUCUGCACAUGCUGCCCAGCACCUGUCUCCAGAAAGUGGAAGAACAACCAGAAGAUGCAGACAACCAGCGUAACGUCACCCGGAUGGGCAGUCAGCCUGCAGACCCCAGCACCACUGUGCAUGUUCCAGUGACACUGACAGGCCCCCCGGGGGAGACCACUGUAGUUCCCAGUGGUAAUGUGGACCUGGAAGGCCAAGCAGAGGGCAAGAAGGAGGCAGAGGCUGAUGAUGUACUGAGAAGAGGCCCCCGGCCCAUCGUUCCAUACAGCUCCAUGUUCUGUCUCAGCCCCACCAACCUGCUCCGUCGCUUCUGCCAUUACAUUGUGACCAUGCGGUACUUUGAGAUGGUGAUUCUUGUGGUUAUUGCCCUGAGCAGCAUUGCCUUGGCUGCUGAGGACCCUGUGCGAACUGAUUCAUCCCGGAACAAUGUUUUAAAGUACAUGGAUUACAUCUUUACAGGUGUCUUCACCUUUGAAAUGGUCAUAAAGAUGAUAGACUUGGGACUGCUGCUGCACCCUGGAGCCUACUUCCGGGACCUGUGGAAUAUUCUGGACUUCAUUGUUGUCAGUGGAGCCCUGGUGGCAUUUGCUUUCUCAGGAUCCAAAGGGAAAGACAUCAAUACCAUCAAGUCCCUGAGAGUCCUACGUGUCCUGCGGCCCCUGAAGACCAUCAAACGGCUGCCUAAGCUCAAGGCUGUGUUUGACUGUGUGGUGAACUCCCUGAAGAACGUCUUGAACAUCUUGAUUGUCUACAUGCUCUUCAUGUUCAUAUUUGCCGUCAUUGCCGUGCAGCUCUUCAAGGGCAAGUUUUUUUACUGCACUGAUGAAUCCAAGGAACUGGAGAGGGACUGCAGGGGGCAGUAUUUGGAUUACGAGAAGGAAGAAGUAGAAGCUCAACCAAGGCAGUGGAAGAAAUAUGACUUCCACUAUGACAAUGUGCUCUGGGCCCUGUUGACGCUGUUCACGGUGUCCACAGGAGAGGGGUGGCCCAUGGUGCUGAAACACUCUGUGGACGCCACCUAUGAGGAGCAGGGGCCAAGCCCCGGGUUCCGGAUGGAGCUUUCCAUCUUCUAUGUGGUCUACUUUGUGGUCUUCCCUUUUUUCUUUGUCAACAUCUUUGUGGCCUUGAUCAUUAUCACCUUCCAGGAACAGGGGGACAAGGUGAUGUCUGAGUGCAGCCUGGAAAAGAAUGAGAGGGCUUGCAUUGACUUUGCCAUCAGCGCCAAACCCCUGACACGAUACAUGCCGCAAAACAAGCAGUCAUUCCAGUAUAAGACGUGGACAUUUGUGGUCUCUCCACCCUUUGAGUACUUCAUUAUGGCCAUGAUAGCCCUCAACACAGUGGUGCUGAUGAUGAAGUUCUAUGAUGCACCGUAUGAGUACGAGCUGAUGCUGAAAUGCCUGAACAUUGUCUUCACAUCCAUGUUCUCUAUGGAAUGCAUAUUGAAGAUCAUCGCCUUUGGGGUCCUGAACUACUUCAGAGAUGCCUGGAACGUCUUUGACUUUGUCACUGUGUUGGGAAGUAUUACUGAUAUUUUAGUAACAGAGAUUGCGAACAACUUCAUCAACUUGAGCUUCCUCCGCCUCUUCCGGGCAGCACGGCUGAUCAAGCUGCUUCGGCAGGGAUACACCAUCCGCAUCCUGUUGUGGACUUUCGUCCAGUCCUUUAAGGCGCUGCCCUACGUGUGCCUCCUCAUUGCCAUGCUGUUCUUCAUCUACGCCAUCAUCGGCAUGCAGGUUUUUGGAAACAUUGCCCUUGAUGAUGACACCAGUAUCAACCGACACAACAACUUCCGGACAUUUCUACAAGCCUUAAUGCUGUUGUUCAGGAGUGCCACUGGGGAGGCCUGGCAUGAGAUCAUGCUGUCUUGUCUGGGCAACCGGGCCUGCGACCCAUAUGCCAACGCCAGUGAAUGUGGGAGCGACUUUGCCUACUUUUAUUUUGUCUCCUUCAUCUUCCUUUGUUCCUUUCUGAUGUUGAACCUCUUUGUUGCUGUGAUCAUGGACAAUUUUGAGUACCUCACGCGGGACUCUUCCAUCCUAGGGCCUCACCACCUAGACGAAUUCAUUCGAGUCUGGGCUGAGUACGACCCAGCUGCGUGUGGGCGCAUCAGUUACAAUGACAUGUUUGAGAUGCUGAAACACAUGUCCCCACCUCUGGGGUUGGGGAAGAAAUGCCCGGCUCGAGUUGCAUACAAGCGCCUGGUUCGCAUGAACAUGCCCAUAUCCAAUGAGGACAUGACGGUGCACUUUACCUCCACACUGAUGGCCCUCAUCCGGACAGCACUGGAGAUCAAGCUUGCCCCAGCAGGGACAAAGCAGCACCAGUGUGAUGCUGAGCUGAGAAAGGAGAUAUCAUCUGUGUGGGCUAAUCUGCCCCAGAAGACUCUGGACUUACUUGUACCACCCCACAAACCCGAUGAGAUGACAGUGGGGAAAGUUUAUGCAGCUCUGAUGAUAUUUGACUUCUACAAACAGAACAAAACCACCCGAGAUCAGAUUCACCAAGCUCCCGGAGGCCUGUCCCAGAUGGGUCCUGUGUCCCUGUUCCACCCUCUGAAGGCCACCCUGGAGCAGACCCAACCCGCUGUGCUUCGAGGAGCUCGGGUUUUCCUUCGACAGAAGAGUGCCACUUCCCUAAGCAAUGGUGGUGCCAUACAAACCCAGGAAAGCGGCAUCAAGGAGUCACUGUCCUGGGGCACACAGAGGACCCAGGAUGCACUUUAUGAGGCCAGAGCACCACUAGAGCGUGGCCAUUCUGCAGAGAUCCCUGUGGGGCAACCAGGAAAACUGGCUGUGGAUGUCCAGAUGCAGAACAUGACAUUGAGAGGACCUGAUGGGGAUCCCCAGCCUGGGCUGGAGAGCCAAGGCCGAGCUGCCUCUAUGCCACGCCUGGCGGCAGAAACACAGCCUGCCCCUGAUGCCAGCCCCAUGAAGCGCUCCAUCUCCACCCUGGCUCCACGCCCCCACGGGACUCACCUUUGCAACACAGUCCUGGACCGGCCUCCCCCUAGCCAGGCAUCACAUCACCACCAUCACCGCUGCCACCGGCGCAGGGAAAAGAAGCAGAGGUCCCUGGAAAAGGGGCCCAGCCUGUCUGUUGACACAGAAGGUGCACCAAGCAGUGCUGCAGGAUCUGGCUUGCCACAAGAAGGAUCCACAGGCUGCCGACGGGAGCGCAAGCAGGAGCGAGGAAGGUCCCAGGAGCGGAGGCAGCCUUCGUCGUCCUCUUCAGACAAGCAGCGCUUCUAUUCGUGUGACCGCUUUGGGAGUCGGGAGCCCCCACAACUCAAGCCCUCCCUCAGUAGCCACCCCACAUCUCCAACGGCGGCGGCACUAGAACCAGGACCCCACCCACAGGGCAGUGGUUCUGUUAAUGGGAGCCCUUUGAUGUCAACAUCUGGUGCUAGCACCCCAGGCCGUGGUGGACGGAGGCAGCUCCCCCAGACUCCCCUGACCCCACGCCCCAGCAUCACCUACAAGACCGCCAAUUCCUCACCUGUCCACUUUGCUGGGGGUCAGAGUGGCCUCCCAGCCUUCUCCCCUGGCCGUCUCAGCCGCGGCCUUUCUGAACACAAUGCCCUGCUCCAGAAAGAGCCCCUGAGCCAACCUCUAGCACCUGGCUCUCGCACUGGCUCUGACCCUUACCUAGGGCAGCGUCUGGACAGUGAGGCCUCUGCCCACACCCUGCCUGAGGAUACACUUACCUUUGAAGAGGCAGUGGCUACCAACUCUGGUCGCUCUUCCAGGACUUCCUACGUGUCCUCCCUCACCUCCCAAUCCCACCCUCUCCGGCGUGUGCCCAAUGGCUACCACUGCACUUUGGGACUCAGCACCGGCGUCCGGGCGCGGCACAGCUACCACCACCCAGACCAGGACCACUGGUGCUAGCUGCACCACGACUACCCAUGCACCAGCUCCAUGGGUGCGGGUUCCAGUUGAUGAGUUUUAUCAUCCACUCUGGGCUGUGGGGCCACAGCCCUGGGAGGAGGGUCCUCUCAUCGUGGCCUCUGUGAUGGAGGCUCCUGCUUCCCUCCCUCCCUCCCUUUUACACUGGAUGGACUAAUAAAGCCCUUCUUAGAGGGAUAUGGUUCUCUCUA